CACGAGGAUCGCGAAAAAUGGAUGAAAUGUCUUCGUGAUUGCAUUGCCAUGGCAAUAAGCCAGACAAUGGUACACUUCUCUGGCACCGAUUGGUUCGUGGACCCAAAGUACAACUUGCUGCGAAAGGUCGGUUCGGGUGCGUAUGGGUUUGUCGUCGCUGCAGAAGAUGUCACCACCAAAAAACAAGUGGCAAUAAAGAAGGUUGCAAACGCGUUCGAGGACAUGGUCGAUGCUAAACGAAUGCUACGUGAAGUACGACUUAUGCGACAAUUCAAUCAUCCAAAUGUUGUAAAGCUCUAUGAUAUUAUGGAACCUCCGUACAUAGAAGAUUUCGACGACCUUUAUAUCGUCACAGAACUGAUGUCGACCGACCUGCAGAAAAUCCUCUAUUCCAAGACCAAGCUCUCGGAGGAGCAAACACAAUAUCUAGUCUAUCAGUUAUUGGCAGGCAUGAACUAUAUUAACUCAGCUUCUGUUUUGCAUCGUGAUCUCAAGCCCUCCAACUUGCUCAUCGACAUUCAAACGUGCAACUUGAAGAUAUGUGACUUUGGCUUGGCGCGCGGCACCUCUGAGGAGCAAGAAUAUACCGAGUAUGUUGUGACACGGUGGUAUCGCGCACCCGAAAUCAUGCUUGGUUUCCAUGCCUAUGAUCAGGCAAUUGAUAUGUGGUCUAUUGGAUGCAUCUUUGGUGAGAUGCUUCUCCUGCAGCCAGUCUUUCCAGGGAACGACUACAUACACCAGCUCAAACUCAUUGUGAAAUUACUGGGACGUCCUCUAAAGGUAGAUCUCUGGUUUGUUUCUAACCAGAACGCGAUGAAUUUCAUGCUCCAACUCCCUGAUUAUAAAUCGCAAGACUUCCAAUCCAAAUUUCACAGUGCGACGAACGCCAUGGCGCUAAACCUCCUCGAAAAGAUGCUUGUAUUUAAUCCAAGAAAGCGCACGUCUCUUCAUGAAGCUCUCGAGCAUAAAUAUGUGGAAGAGUUUCGAGAGCAUGAGCUCGAACGAGACGCUGGUUUUCAUGUCAAAGUAGAUGAUGUCGAGAUGAUCACGUUGAACAAAAAAAGCUUGCAAAAGAUGCUAUACGCCGAGAUCCGAGCGUUUCAUCGUCAGGCACCGACAGAUCACGGACUUGAUGAUGAGUUAAAGGAUUGAAUUUCAUUCCCGCACCAGCCUCAGCAUAAAACUGCAAUACCGGCCGCUUUUCUGGACCUAGUGCAACAGGCCCUCUACUCGUUCGUCCAGUAGCCUCAACCCCCGUAUGACUACGGCAACUGAGACCAUAACUUCCUCGGAAUAUCCUUGCACAUUCGCGUUUCCACGUGCGUUUCCGCCCACUUUGGAGGCCGCGGGAAAUACGGCGCGUUCUAGUUUGGGGCCCGCUCGGGGCCCCGGCGCCUCAGUAAAGCCCCCAGGCGCCGGCCCAGAAUUGUCGGGGGAAUCAUGGGUUCCCUGGGGUCCCGCCCGAGGCGAGGGGGGUUUUCCUGGGUGAGGUUCUGCCGCCUGCUCGGCUCUCGUACUAGGGAACUACAUUCUCUCUAAAGGCGCGGGUGGCCGCGGCAAC